AUGCCAAUUUUGAAAUCUAAUCCGCGCUCAUACCAAACGUAUCUCCGCCGUCCAUCAAGAACUCGCGAUAUCGCAAUCUCACUCAGUCCGUCUCCCAUAUUAUCCCUGUCCAGAAAUUUCAUCCUUUCUCGAGAACUCAGCGGAUCGAACGAUCAAUGGCGGCAAUUUUCUGAACCGAAGAAAAGGGGGGGAAAUGACGACGAUUGAGAAGCUGUUCGUGCAAAUCUUCGAGAGGAAGAAGAGGAUAAUCGAGCAAGUCAAGCAACAGAUCGAUCUAUUCGACCAACACCUAGCCUCUAAAUGUAUCCUCGACGGAGUUGCUCCUCCUUCCUGGCUCUGGUCCCCUUCUUUCCCUUCCCUUUCCUCAGAUCCAAAGGAGUUGAAGAAAGAGGAGCUUAUACCAGGACUCUUACUUCCACGUCCUCAACCUGCAAACCCGUACUUCAGUACUCGCGACUCUUUAUACCAGAAGCCCAUUGUUGCUGCUGGUAACAAAGGGCUACCAAAUGCUUCAUGCACUGAAGUUCAUGCUUCGAACCAUGGCACUAAUGCAGGUGAUGGGAUGACUGUUUUGCCUCCAUUUCCUACUGGUGAUACUCAAUGUAACUUCACUGGUGUUCCUGAGCCAGAUUCUAGUGUUACAUCUCCGCAAUAUUGUGUAGAUGCAAGAAUAUCAGACAAUUGCCCUGAUCACACUCAAUCAUUAGUGAAGAUUCAAAGAUCAAAGUCCAGGCAAAGGGCUCUAGAGCUUCGCAACAGCGCCAAAGUAACUAAAUCACAUUCAUGUGAUAAUGCUAUUGUUUUUACUAGUCAAGGUAUUGGGUCUGGGAUUAAUUCCCUACAGUUUGAUCAUGUUGCUGAAUUAGAGUUGGUUAAACCUGUUGAUACAAGUACUGAAGGCUGUGAAGAAGAAGAAGCAGAAAUAGGUGAAUGUGGGGGCAAGGAUAGUGGUAUAGGUAUUAGAUUUCAAAGUUCUAGCCCAAAAAUCACCUCUGUGAAUGAGCCUGUGAAUGAUGGCAACUCUUCUCAUUUUGCCAAGGAUGAUGGCCUCAAAAAUUCUAUGAAUGAAUUAACACAAAAACCUAACCAUGUCAAUGCAUUAUCAGAAUUGGUCAAUCCUUCUGUUCCUGCCAAGGCAAAUUAUAUGGCGGAAGAAGCAAAUGAGGUUGAUUGCUGGGGUAACGAUAUGAAUAAUGCUGUUUUCUUUGAUAGAAUUACAGGAUCUAGGAGUUCUAUCUCCCAAGCCAGUUCCUCAAAGCAGCCAUUAGAAGUAGAUAUCUCAUCUUGUGUAGCUGAGGAAGAUGGUGGACAUAUGGAGUCUGUUGACAAAUCAGCAAAGCAGCCUAAUUCUGUUGGUGAGUUGUUGAAAUUGGUCAAGCCUUCAUAUGGAAUCUCUAAUGAAAGUUAUGGAUCAAGGAAAGCAAAAUCAAGGGAUAGAUUGAUCAAGAAAACUGGAAGUAACAUUUUUGUGCGGAAAAUAACAAGAUCUAGAAGUUCUAGCCAACAACCUAAUUGUGUGAAUGAAUGCUUGGAGAUGGAUAACUCUUGUGGUAAUGGCAAGGAAGCUAGUGUUAGCGAAACAAAGCAGCUAUUCAGCUGUGAUGAUGCCUCAAGGGAUUUGGUCAAGCCUUUAGGUAUCACUUACGAAAGUCCUAGGUUGAAAGCAAAAGUGCUGAACUUCCAGAAUGUUGAUGCAUCAAAUGAUGCUUAUUGCUUUAGAUUAACAAGCUCUUCUUCUACUGAGAAACCAUAUAAUACUACUGAGUUCCCUAAAGUGGAUCUUUCUUCUGAUGUUAUAAAAGAUGGUGAUGGUAGACUUGCACAAUCUUUUGGCAAAUCUUCAAGGCUACCUCAACAAUCAAGCUUUGUUGAAGGAGAAGGAGUUAAUCUUCAGGUUCUGUCCGGUUCCCAACCAAAUGUCCUGCAUUGUACUAAAAGAAUUCUAGCUGAAACUGAUAUAGGUUAUGAUGGGCUAGUUGUGGCUUGUUCUGUUUCUCCUGAAUCUAACUCAGAUGGCCGUAGAUGUGGAGUUGAAGAUUUAGAAUUGAGGCCACCUAGUGAAUGUGAUAUGCCUAUCAAGCCCAAGCAACUUAAUUUUGAUGAUGUGGAAGAAAGCAAUUUCCUUGAAACUUUUGAUUGUGCAUUAGGGAAUAAACAAGAAGGUACACCAGAGAAACAUCUUUCUACCAUGCUACAUUCUGUGGAUCUAUUGGAUAAAGUAACAUCUACUAGCUGCCAAGACAAGCCUAACCCAUCUAUUGAGAUGCCAUUGUUGGAAGGGCAGGAAUUUUCUAGCAAAGAAAAACCUUGGAAGGUUUCAUUUGAAGCUCAUAAGGAGGAUGGUGCUGUUUUGUCAGAUGAAAGUACUGUUAACCUUAUGCAGCAGAAGAUGGACCCAUUCAUUUUCCAAAAUCAAAAUGCAGAUUCCCACUUCAUGGGUUCGUGGCCUCAGCAUAAGCGAAUAAAGAUAGAGGGUCAACUUAAUAAUGCCCUUUCUGCUUCUCCAAGCUUGAAGAUAGGAGAUGUAGUGCAAUCAGAUGUUGGAAAGGGUCCACUUAAUGACAUGCAUCGGAAUGUGGAACACCCAAAGAUAGAGGAAUAUGAAGUGUCUUCAUCAAAGCUACAAGCAGAAGAGAUUGAAAUCAUCUUGGAAGGGAGGGGUAGAACUUCAAGCACUGCAUUUAAUUUGAUGCUCGAACAAGUAGCACCUUCAGUAUCAAGUUUGAAAAAGUUGGCAGGUGAAGAGGUGGCAGGGCAGCACACUGCAGAAGAGAAUGUUUUAUUUCAACUUAAAGAUAAGUUAGAUGUAGGAGUUGAUGAAACUUUGACUUAUACUGACGACAUCAUGCUGGAAAAGAAAGAUCAUCUGGACUGGAAUGACAACUUGUCAUAUCGUUCGUCUGGUUCUCAUUGUCAAUCAGUGUUUUGUACUGAUCAAAACAUGCCCGAAUUUGAGGGUUUUGUUAUGGAAACAGAUUAUGAGCAGCCAUGCGCCUCCAAGGAGGGAAUCAACUUUGACAAGUUGGACCUUCCACCAACUGGACUAGGGUGUGUGAGUGUUCUAGAGCAGGUUUGCAAGUCCACUUGUCUGCAUACACCACUUCCUGAUUUUUCUGCUGCAUAUAAAUUACAAAAAGAACUAAAUUUAUAUCAUUCCAUCCCUAAUGGACUUUUAGAGGGCAUUGAACUGAGGAGCACCCUUUAUAUGAGUGGUGACAGGAAUGAGCAACUUGGUAGCAGUUUCAGUUGCUUGAACCAAGAAGUCAACCAUGCACUUCAUGGCAGAUCCCAUUCUGUCUCUCUGCCUUUUUCCAAUGCUCAAUCUGCCUGGGAUAUUAGGAAACCUUGUCUCUCUCCAGUUGGGAAGCUUUGGGAUGGAAUCCCACCAAAGUCUAGCAGUUCUGGGAAGCGAGUGAGCUCAAUUCCAGAGCUUCCCUGCAUCAAUGAAGAAAUUGAGAAUACAGAUAGCGGAGCUGAUACAUUUCUAGAAGGCAUUGUUCCAGAAGUGAUGAUUAGCUCAGUCAAAAGAGAGCCACUUUGUGACAUCACAAAAAAUUCAAUUCCUCUAAUGUCAGUUAGUGAAGCAGAGGUAAAUGAUGAUAGGCAUAGUCUUGCAUCUUUGAAUACAGAAAUCAGCUUCAGUGGCACUUGUGGCAGGGCCAAACCAAAGUUGGGAAACCAGAAUAAAAGUAGAAGAAGAUUUGCUAGCAAGGACAAGGAAAAUCAGAAUUUACCACUUGAAGGAGAUGGUCUAAAAAAAGGCAAUGGAUCACUUCGUGGAAGAUAUAGUAAGCCUAAAUUAUCUGGAAAAACUGGUUCGAUAAAAAGAGGUCUGUCAGAGAAGGAGUCUAAGCGUAACAAUAUUGUGUCAAAUAUUACUUCCUUUAUUCCACUUGUGCAACAAAAACAAGCUGCUGCAGUCAUUACUGGAAAGAGAGACAUUAAAGUGAAAGCCUUGGAGGCUGCUGAGGCUGCAAAGCGUCUUGCUGAAAAGAAGGAGAAUGAACGGAAGAUGAGGAAGGAAGCCAUGAAGAUUGAGCGAGCAAGGAUGGAAGAACAAAAUUUAAGGCAGUUGGAGCUAGAGAAAAAAAAGAAAGAAGAACAGAAGAAAAAAGAGGCUGAUAUGGCAGCAAAGAAAAGAAAAAGGGAAGAAGAAGAAAGGAAGGAGAGAGAAAGAAAAAGAAAGCGUGUUGAGGACGGAAAGAGACACCAGCUGGAGCACCAGAAAAAGUUGCACGUGUUGAAAGUACAAAAAGAAGAUGAAAGAGCACAUGAGAGGAAGGAAUCUAAGGACAGAUUAGGAAUACAUGAGCAGAUUGAAAAAACAGAGGGAGGCCACAAUCUUCAGACAGUGCCUGACACUGAACCUACAAUUUCCAAGGUUUCAACAAUUGACACCAUAAAUGCAAGCAUCAUUCCUGAAGAUUCUGAGGCUUUGAGUCAUUGUGGAGAUAACUCAAAGGUAAUAGGCUACUUUUGCAAGGAUAGUGACAGCUUAAUUUCCAAUUUAAGUCGAGAACAAUCAUAUGAGAUUUCUCCAUAUAAAGGUUCAGAUGAUGAAGACGAAGAGGAAGAUGACAAUACACCAAACAGUAAAUUUAUUCCCGCAUGGGCCAGUAAAAGUCACGUGGCUCGGGUUGUUUCAUCCGAGCAAAGAUAUCCAGAAUCAAUUUUUCCCCCCGAAAGUUUUUGUAGCAUCUCUGAAGUUCUCUUGCCUAGAAAGCUUCAGCUAAAAUAAUGGGAAUGGCGAUAAAGUUUGGCGACAUUAUAUGCAUAAUCUUGUCUCUUCAGUAAUUGGUUCUAGAGCAUUUGUGUUCACAAAAAGAUUUUGAAAGACCAUUCUACAGGAAAUUCAGGAGCGGGUGAUUACCUUUUAGCACAUUUUAUAACUGAAGAUUGUAAAUUUAUAAUAAUGUACAUACUUGUCAUGUAGAUUAGAUCCUUAGCUAAGUUAGCGUACUUGAACAAACUUUCUAGUCAGUGACCUACUGAUGCGCUUUUGAUUUGUUAACUAGCUGAGGCAACUUCGUUAA